AUGGGACUCAACCAACCGCAUAAAGGUUGCUGCGAGGCUAGCAGGAGAGGAGGAGAGCUGCGCCGGGAGCAGGAGGAGAGCUGCGCAGGGAGCAAAAGAAGAGUCGAGGGGAGUGAAGAGUCGGCGGAGUGGAGGAGCUAUAACAGCUCUUGUAAGAGCUAUAACCGCUGCGAGCGGUCCCACCACCGGUGGUCCCUGCACCUGCAGCCUCCAGCCGCCUGCGGCCCCGCCUCCCGCGGUCCUGCCUCCCCGGCCCCCAGCCGCCGCGUGCAGCUUCCAGCAGCCCCGAGCUGCCCAGACAACAGCGGUCCAGCUGUCAGCAGUCCGUCGACGCCUGCGGCCCUGAGACCCCAGUGGUCCAGCUGUCAGCGAUCCCUUGAUGCCUGCGGCCCUGAGACUCCAGUGGUCCAGCGGCCCAGCGGUCAGCGGUCCCGAGACACCAGCAGUCCAGCGGCCCAGCGGUCAGCGGUCCUGAUGCCUGCAGCCCCUGGAUGCCAGUGGUCCCGGGACGCCAGUGGCCCAGAGAUGCCAAUGGCCCCUAGCCGCCAGCAGCCUUGCCGCAAAAUGCCUCGCCACCCCGAGCCACGAGCAGCCUUGUCCGCAGCAGUGGCUUCCUCUGGGUGGCAGCCUUGUCAGAGUGGCAUCGUGGGGAGCAGAGUCUGUGUCAUCCGGGUUGUCCUCGUCAUCGUCGCUGUCAUCGUUGCCUCUUUGUCGUCGGGAGCGGCCUCGUCCGGGAAGCGGUCUUGUCCAGAAUGGCCCCUUCUUGGGAGCAACCUCAUGGAGCAGCGGCCUCAUCUUGGGAGUGGCCUCUUCUUGGGAGCGGCUCCGAUCACGGAGUGGCCUCAUCUGCGGAGCAGCCUCAUCUAGAGCAGCCUCCUCCAGAGCGGCCUUCUUGGGAGUGACCUUGUCGGGAUCAUCCUCCUCGCCUUUUUGUAAGAGAUAGCCCUGACCGGUCAGUUUGAUUCUUGAUGCUUGGCGCGAAAUAAGGUUUUGUUUGACCUUCGCUUUGUAUCAGUCUCGUUUCUUUGAUCACGGACCCUAACAUUGACCAGAAGAACUUCCUUCAUGAUUAUGAGCUAAACAGUCAUUCUUUUAAAUCUCUAAGUCCUGGGGUAAUUUGUUAUAUAGUACAAGCUACCUGAUACACCAUUAAAAUUAUAAAAAGAAAAAAGAAAAUAUUUAUAGAUCUAUAAGAGUAAUGAGGUUGAAUCAGUUAUCAAAUCCCUCGCAACAAAGGAAAGCUCAGGACUAGAUGACCAUUACCUUUGUUUCAAAGCCAGAAAGACAUUACAAGAAAAGAAAAUUACAGGCCAAUGUCCUGAAGAACAUAUGUAUAAAAAUCUUCAAUAAAAUACAGC